ACCUCGCGUCAACGCCGAUCAGAGGAAAUGGUGGGGGGAAAGAGAGAGGGAUCGACUCGAUCGCGGCCGGCAAAGUUCUGUCAGUGACGUCUUUCUGCUGUCGGAUAUCCCAGAGUCGCUGUAGUGGGGGUAGGAGAGUGAGGGGGGCAUAUUAUAGUAAAACCGGUGUGAAGUAUCAUCCUACAAGCCACAACAAACCUGCCUUAGUGUUGAACUGCUUGUGUUGUCUUUUGUUCACAGAAGAACUGUUCUACAGUAUAGGAAUGGUGCGACAGUGUGCAGUGAUUGCUCUUGUGGUUCUUUCGUUGGCUGGCACAAUGGCCCAACGUCCACCUUACCUCGGCAGCUCUAACCCUGGAGUGCUACCCCAGUAUCUGCCCGAAGGUACUGAUAACCGAUUCGGCUCUUCCGAAACUGGUCCGGAUCCAGCUCCUGCAUCACCCAUCCAUCCUGGUACUCUGGAGACCGAGGAUGUGUACAACCGUGUCUCUGAGUGGCCUGACCAGCACAAGCCCUUCUGGUACCUCAACGCUAUCGCUAUUCAGAAACAGCGAGAACAACAGCAACAGCAAGCACAGGCUGCAGCAGCACAGUCUCAGAACAGACAGUCUCCAUUUGCUGCUGGUUCCAGAAGGACCGUUAACCGACAAAAUUAAAGUUCCGAAUUGUAUUACUAUAUAAUCACUGUGAUAUUUUCUUAUUAGGCAAGAUUAGAUUUUAAAGUGUUCGUCCCGGUAUUUAUUUUUUCCAUCAUGUUAAAUUAUACAAACAAAAUUGAGAAUGAUGUAAUGUUUUUAAUAAAAAAUUCUCUAUUUAA